CCAACCCACCUGUCAGAUGCCACGGCUGUCAAACGCGGUGGACAAAAAGGGCACAAUUGCGUAAAGAAAGGAACGGAGAAGCAAAAAGGAAAACGGACGAACGUCAAAGCCGUGUAAAAUGGCCACUCGGACGGGCUAGGCGAAACGAUAGAUAGAUUUAUUCUUUCCCGAACCCCCCACCAAAAAAAAAAAAGCAGAUAAAGGAAUAAACCCACCACCACCACCCCAAGAGGAACCUGUUGUGUUGUCCCCCGGGGAAAGCCGCAGAUUCUGUACGUGUGCGCGCGUCUGUGUGUGUGUGUGUGCCGAAACCGUACCCCCAAACCAAAAACGAUCGUUCUGAGGGUAAACUACCUCCCGCAGUCUCCUGCCGGACGCCGUACGCCGAAAGAAACCACCUCCAAGUGUGUGUGUUUGUGUGUUGCCACCGUGCAUCGAGUGCAUCGUCAUCAACAUCAAUCAACACAUCUCCAUCAGUAAAAAAAGACCCGAAAAACCGCACAGUAAAAAAAAAAACAGCUGGUGUGCGGCGUGCGCGCGUUUGUGUGCACGCGCACGUGUGUGUGUGUGUGUAAGCAUCCGACCCGCUUUUCCGGGGAGCGGGAAGUGUGCGUCAGCCGCAUCUGGGCCUUUGUCACCUGCCUCCCCCCGAGGCAGACAGCAGCAGCCGCCGCGAUCAAACACCCGCCAGCCGGAGAGUUAGCCUGGAAGACUCGCGACACCGGAAGAUGGAGAUCCUCACGCAGUCCCAGGUGCACGGUCUGACCACGCCGACGACCGCCGCCCGCAAGAAGGAUGCCGAAGCGAAGGAAAACCUCUGGUCGUCCAUCCUGAGCGAGGUGCAAACACAGAGCAACACGAAGCUGCCGUCGAACAAAUCGGUGCUGGUGCUGGGCGACAAUGCGAGCGGCAAGACGACGCUGAUCGCGAAGCUGCAGGGCGUCGAGGACCCGAAGAAGGGUUCCGGCCUCGAGUACGCCUACAUCGACGUGCGGGACGAGUAUCGGGACGAUGUCACGCGCCUCAGCGUUUGGAUUCUGGACGGCGAUCCGGGCCACAACAAUCUGCUCAAGUUCGCCCUGAACGAACAGAACUUCCCGCACACGCUCGUCAUACUGACGCUGUCGAUGACGACGCCGUGGAGCUGGGUCGACCAGCUGCAGCACUGGAUGAAGAUACUGGACGAUCACAUCGCGGGACUGAAAAUCGAUCCAGAAGAGAAACAGCAGUGUCAGGCACGGUUAACGACGGAAUGGCAGAACUACUGCGAAACGAUCGACGAUCUCGAUCCCGGCUCGCCAAUCAAACGCACCAACCGGUUGCCGUCGGUGGACGACGAGCUGGACGCGUUGCCCCUGCCGGAAGGCGUCCUCACGACCAACCUAGGCCUCGACGUGGUCGUCGUCGUUACCAAGACCGACUACAUGACCACGCUGGAGAAGGAGCUCGACUAUCGGGAUGAGCAUUUCGACUUCAUGCAGCAGUGGAUCCGGCGGUUUUGCCUGAUGUACGGUGCGUCCCUGUUCUACACGAGCGUGAAGGAGGACAAGAACUGCGAUCUGCUCUACAAAUACCUCACGCAUCGGAUCUACGGCUUACCAUUCCGGACGCCCGCCCUGGUCGUCGAGAAGGAUGCGGUGCUAAUACCGGCCGGCUGGGAUAAUAUGAAAAAGAUCAGCAUACUGUACGAGAACAUGCAGUCCUGCAAACCGGACGACUACUACAACGAUAUUAUUGCACAACCGCCUUCGAGAAAGACUGUUUCGAACCGUGAGAGCGAAAUUCAGACGGAGGAUGAGCAAUCAUUCCUUGCCCGCCAGCAGCAGCUGCUCCAGCAGGGCCAGUCGCCGGCGCGCGGCGAAUCUCCGCUCCGGUCGCAACCGAACAACGGUACCAAGAGCACUCAACGGACUCCGGUGGCCGCCGGUGCCCAGGGCUCACCAAAGAAGGUCGAUGGUAAGCUUACACCCGGCACCCAGAGCGGCGAGGGCGUGCUGGCGAACUUCUUCAACUCCCUGCUGCACAAGAAGUCGGUCUCGCCCGGGUCGGCGGCGGCGGCGGCCGCGGCUGGCGGUGUCGCCGGCACCGGCAGCAGCCCGCUCAGUGCGUCCUCCUCGCCCGUCUCCUCGCUGUCGCCGCGCGUCAGCGUGCUGAACGGGACGGGCGAGCCGGUGUCGGCGAGCGACAAGCUUAGCAUGCGCACCGAUGCCGCCCUCGAGCUGGACCGUCUCGCCCGGAGCGUUAAGAAGGAUCUGGACAUCUCCGCGACGCAGUCCGACUGUUGAGAGCCGCAACCAGCCGCCACCACCACCACCACCACCUUACCUUACACCCCCGUUCGUCUCGGGGGACUUGCGUGAUGGGUUGGGUUGAUGGGCAAUAAACGUCCCUCAGGCGUGUGUGUGUGUGUGCUAGGGGAGCUGUUGUGUGAGGGGGUUUUCUUUUCCCGAACUGUGCUUCUUUUUUUUCGGCUGCUUUCCAUUGUUGGCUUUGGCGAGUGGGGCGGUGGUGCAGCACGGGUGAAAUACUUGGGGCGCUUGUUGGGGGAUUGAACCCCCGCAAUGCUGAUGGAGAGCGGGAGGCAGGGUCCAGAGGUGGUCGCAAAAGAGAGAUGCGUAGGUGGGCUUUCUUUUUUUUUAAGUGAUUCUUUUAAAUCGAGCAACCAGCAUAUGCUGAACGUUGUGAUGCAACGAGCCAAUAUCGGUUCGUGAUUUUGCCUCCAUUUUUUUCCGUUUGGUAUUUCUUUUUUUAAAGGGUUUUCACCGUAUGGAUGAAACCCCGUUCUACCACACUCACGGUUUCGGCGGAAGGGAGUGGUUUCAUUCUUUCGCUUUUUUUUUAAAUGUCUUUUUUUUUCUCUCUUUCUCUUGUCAAAACGUCGAAAAAUCCCAAUCGAAUGAGUGUGUUGCUUAUGUGCGGGGGGGGGGGUGGGGGGGGAGGGGGAUCAAAAAUCGCCAACAAAGUGAAAGUGCACUCGCAAAGAAAACGCGUAGAGUCGGUGAUUAUGUUUUUUUGUUGAAAAAAUAUCGUCUUAAUUUUAAAUCUGUUAUUACUUCUUCGUUUUUGUUCAUAUUUUCACGGACGAAUUUCGUCCAUUGGGGAGAGUUAAGCGAGGAUAGGCGAUGUUGAAAUUAUCCGUACUACAUACCCACAUAGUGGCACACACACACACAUUGAUACCAUAUGAAGUUUUUGUUUCCUCUCUCUGCUGCUGUUGAAAACCUCUAAUUGGGACAAUCGGAAAGCUAAUUGGAAACCCGAAAUCCAAAAACCCUUACUGCCAAUUGGAACCACUCUCACCAGUAUUAAGCGAGUUGUGUCCCGAUGCGGAUGUUACCACCCAUCCAACGCCCACUGUAAGCUCCCUCUAGCAACACUGAUUGCUCUUCUCCUUGAAAAACAAAAACAAAAAUACACUCACACCAUUUCUCCCUACACACCUGGGGGGGAGUAACAGCAUUGUGAUAGACGAAUAUUGAGUAUGUGUGUGCGCGAAUGUGCGAGUGUGUGCGCGCAGGCUUGGAGGAAAUUCUAGCUUAGUGCAAUCGGGCUUUGCUUUUGAUGUGUCUGUUGGCUUCCAUCUUUUUGCACCACCCCGUUUUAAAACCCCUCCUUCGUGUGCAUGUGUGUGUGUGUGUGUGAGAGUGUGUCAUGCCUGCGCCAACCUUAUCGCCUCAGCAGCAACCUCCAGGGAAUGAAACAAAAGGGUGAAAGUGUGGAAUCCCGUUCAGAUAUUUAUGCUAACUUAUGCUAGGGGAGUAGCAUUCUCUUCUCACACCCCCUUUCACUCUCUCUCUCUCUCUUUAUUUGGCGCGCGCUAUCGACAGCUUCCCCUCCCAUCUUCGCUUACCGAUCGCCGCUUACACAGCAAAGAAGCAAAGAAAAGACACCAUUUGGGAGGAUUUCUGUUUGUUUGUUUAAAACUAACAGGGAGCACGGGCAGACGAAGCGCAUUUAACACGUUUGCUUUGGGAGGACAUAAUCCUCCUACCCCCCCCCCCCCCCCACCGGGGUUAAAAGGGAAGGGAGAGAGAGGAAGGGAGGUGCAAGGGAAGCGAAAAGAAAAAAAAAAUAAGAGGAAAAGAAACCGAAUCACAAACGCUCCGAUACUAAUUAAAGAAUUAAAACAUUAAAAAAAGCGCACCCAUUUUGCACUGCAGCAUAACUGCACGUGCAAAACACUGUGGACUCAAAGUGCACGAAAGUGGCGCAGAAUACUACCAAUAAGGGUGAAAUAGAGCGACUAGGAGAGAGAGAUAGAGAGAGAGAGAGAGAGAGAGGGAAAGAAUAAAAAAACGAAUUGCGAACGAAGCGAAGGAAGGGGUUUAGUAGUAGCGAAAACACAUACGGUUUAGUAGUUAAAGUUAAUAUUAAUACUAUACUAUAAAGCAAACAGCAGCAUCAUCAGCAGCAGCAGAUAGGGAAGAAAGAUGGAGGAUAAGAAAAGUGAGAAGAAGAGAAAAAAAACGAAAAGAAAGAGCGAACAAGCAAACAAGCGAGCAUAAUACUGCACCCAGAUAACCUGCAUACUGAUAAAAUCCUUAAUACUUACUCUUUAAAAAUAUAUAUACAAACACCCACACACACACACAUACAUACACAUAGACCCACACGUACGUACGCUCGGUAAACGGAUUGUCCUGACCUUCCUUCUUUUCCCCCAACCAUUCAGCUUCACCAACUUUCCACGGAAAAGCGUAUGUGUGUUUAUGUAUGUAUUUGCGAGUGGGUGUAUGUGUGUGUGUGUGUGUGUGAAAUCCAGAAACAAGAAGGAAAUUAUAUCGUCUUAUUUAUAAUUUAACACUAUUGCUACGCUAGGCGACUAAAAAAAAAACAACAGAAACCGGGUAGGGGAAGGUCGCAGGACCGGCAGAGGGAGACGAUAUACAACACCUCUAGUGCAGCUACUAAUCAGCCGCGUGAAACGAAGGAAGGAAGAGAGUGGCCAGAAGGGAGCAGCAGAAGUAGCAAAAGGAACAGAAAAGGCAGGGUUCGAGACCGCGAAGCAACGCGCGCAGUGGAUAUUAUUUAAAUCGCGACCGAGUGGCAUCGUGACCAAGGGAACGCGAAUUGUAAUGCUGCGAAGCUAUCUACUAUUGCUAUUGCUACUACCCGGGCAACUACUGCGUACACGCUGCACUGCUAGGGUAGAACGGGGUGGAACCAAGGCGAGAGGGAAGUUAAAAAAAUGGAGGAAAAAAAUCAUACAUCCAAAAACAAAAAAAAAACAACAGUACUGCGUGUGAGGCUGAACGCGUGGCGGACGGUGGACGAACGGGAGUGUGGCGUCCGUAACACGGAGACGUCUUCGAAAGGACGAAGCAGGUGGCAGUUUGGCGAAUAAAAAAAAACAAGCGACACUAAUGUACGCGGUAUAACAAGCUAAA